AUGUAUGCCCUUGCCCUCCUUUUUGCCCUGCACUCGGUGGGCGUUUCUUGCGAUAACCUGCGGCCACCGUUCGAAGAACGCGCUGUGACCGACAUCCCCGCGGACUCAUUCGACUCUCUUGAGACGUACUGGAACUAUUUGUAUCCUUGGGGACCUACGCAUAAUGGAGGCGCCCGUAUGGAUCAAGAGCACGUCUCUGUCAACGACGGCGUCCUCACCCUCACAGCCGAGCCCGUAACAGGCCAAGAAGACCCCAUUCACUACCUCUCCGGGGCCAUCCACGCCAAAUCCACCUUUACCGUCACCGCAGGUGGUGGAUACGACGUGAAAGCUGAGUUCAUUGCUCCCGUGGACCGGGGAACGUGGCCAGCUUUUUGGCUCAACGCCGCGAGUGGGUGGCCGCCAGAGAUUGACGUUGCCGAGUGGAAGGGCUCUGGCAAGAUCUCGUUCAACACUUUCAAUACCUCGGACGAGGUCACCGCUCUGGACAUCGACUAUCCCGAGCCGACGCAGUGGCAUUCUGUCAGGGCUGAACUGCGCGAUGAAAAUGGCGUGGAUGUCAGGGUCAAGUUCUUCCUCGACGACCAGGAGGUGACGACACAGUACGGAAGAGAAUACAUCGGAAAAGGCCUCAGACUCAUCAUCAACUAUCAAACUGAGGGAUCGUCAGGAUCACCUGGACCUACCACACCAACGACUUUUCAAAUUCGAAAUGUCGAGGUCAUUAGCUAUAACUGA